UGUAAUAUAACUAUACUUGUUUGUUGACGGACGUAUUUGAAAAAAAACUAUUUUAUUAAUUAACAAAUAUUACAAUUAUUUUCAAUUUAUAAAAUAAUUUCAUAAAUAUGGCAUCAGCUUUAGAAUCUAUGGUGGUCGACGAAAAACAACUUCCUGAGAAACCGGUGGAUCGUGAAAAAACAUGUCCACUCUUGCUCAGAGUAUUUUGUAAUACUGGACGACACCAUAAUAUCAUGGAAUACAGUAGAGGAAAUGUACCAUCUAAUGAACUUCAGAUAUACACUUGGAUGGAUGCUACUUUAAGAGAAAUUACUGGUCUUGUUAAAGAAGUUAACCCAGAUGCACGGAGUAAAGGAACAUAUUUUGAUUUUUCUCUGGUUACACCGGAGUUAAGAAAUUCUGGUUAUAGAAUGAGAGAGAUUGGUGUUACAUGUUCAGGUCAAAAAGGAGCUGAUGAUAAUAAAACACUUGCACAAGCACGGUUUACUAUAGGUGAUUAUUUGGAUAUUUCUAUAACGCCACCCAAUAGAAUGAUGCAACCUACUAUUAGACGUGGAGGACUUCGUCAAUAUUGAUAGUAAGUUAAUUAUCUAUGGUUUUCAUGAAUGUGUGCAUAAAAAGUACAAUAAAAAACUUUAUCAUUGGGAAUAGGAUGAAUUUGACAAAUCUAUAUUUCUAAGAUGUAUAAGUUAUGAUUUUUAAUAAUAAAUGUGGUAUUAUAAUUGACAAA